UUCGUCCUGAAACACGACGGAGCUAAAGAGAGGAAACGCGGGUGUAAACCAAGUACAUCGACUCUGAAUCCAUUUUCGUUCAUAGCGAUAUCAUCUGAAGCGGAGAAUGUUUCAGUUGUUGGCCAUCCGCUUCCUACGAGAAUGUUUGGAUUCUUCGUGUUCCUGUUAAUUUUCGUGAAGUCUGCUUCUGUGGUCGAAGCACUGAGCGUAGAGGACGUGUCCCGGGCGUUUGUUCUCGAUGCGGUCAUUGUUGAGCACCUGAAGAACCUUCUGAAGGAGGCAUCCAACGGGACACACAAUCAGCAGCAUUCAAACUCCGAUGUUCACUCCCACGAUGUUCACUCCCAUUAUGUUAAUAAGUUUAUUGGAGAACAUGAGCAAUUAUUCGGAAGUGUGGAAGUCUUAAACACGACGAAGAGGAAGGGAAUUGAAGCGGCAUCAGAUCCCGUCAAAUCCUUGAUACUGACAAGGCGACUCUCCAAAGACUGGCCUCAGCUGCUCAGGAUGUCCAAUACGGGCCCCCACCAUACCUCUUGGGGAAGAGUGAAAUCUGAAGUCCUGAAAGCUGAGAAAAAUUUGGCCAUUCUUCUGGAGGAAGAAGACCUCACUUCUCAGUCCAACACCUUCGUCCGCGUCGUACAAAUGUACAAACUGGAACCCAGUGAACUGACUGAAUUAGGACGUCGGCGUCACAAAUCCUUCUUUUCUACAAACCUCAAGACCGUCGAUGUUGCCUUCAUAGGUGGCACUGCAUUUGAUGAGAGGCUCUACGGAACAGCUGUCGAUCUGUUAUCCACCGUGAAACAGCUGGCUGAAAACAGCUCAGAAACAACAGACGACAUGACGCCUUCUAAGCGUUCAAAACUCCUGCGCCACCUCAACCACCUGAUCCAUUUAGCUUCAAACCUGCACGACCUAAGACUGACUUCAGAGAGCUACAAGCAACAGCCCGGUAUGUUCCCAAGACUUCUUUCACAGGUACCAGUUUCAUUUCAAAAAGAAAGAACAGAGUUGCUUCCUGACCCUCUAACGUUUCGGAGAAAUCUUCCUUCUUCCAAAACGCAUACAGAAGAGGACAACAUACGGUUUGCUCAGAUUUGUCGCGGACAGACUUUCAUGAGUGAUGCUGAGAGAGCUAGACUAAAGUGUCGACUAGACAGCCGAGGGUCUCCUUACUUGUUGCUGAUGCCAGCUAUGGUCGAGGAGCAUAGUCUAACCCCUAGAAUAGUCACUUUCAACAAGGUGUUGUCUCACAAACAGAUCAACAAAAUCACUGACAUGGCUAGACCUAUGCUGGAGCAAGCUCAGAUAAAGUCUAGCCAAGACAUAGGCCCCGAUGAAUCCUUUAAAGUGAGGUCAUCUUACAUAGCCUGGAUUCGAGAGGAAAGAUUACCAAUGCUCAAGAAACUUCGCAUGAAGAUCGAAGCUCUCACAGGUUUGAGUGCAGAUGAAACUACAAAUGCUGCAGAAAUACUCCAGGUGAAUCUCUAUGCAGCUGGUGGUUAUUAUACGCCCCACUUAGAUGCCUUCGGUCUGCUAUCAGAUCAGGAAAACAACGUCGACAUCCCACCUGAAUAUUCUGGAGGAGACCGGAUGAGUACCUUCAUGUUUUAUAUGAAUGAUGUAGAAGCUGGAGGACACACAGCUUUCCCUCGUAUUGGAGUUGGAGUGAAACCAUCAGCUGGCAGUGCAGUCUUCUGGUCAAACCUCCUGCCUGACGGUUUUGAAGACACAAGAACCUUACACGGAGCAUGCCCUGUUCUUAAGGGCAUAAAAUGGGUUAGCAACAAAUGGAUAAGGUACGAUCAACAAUUCCGGAAGAAUCCAUGUCCCCCCCUGCAGGCUUUAUGAGGAGUCACUCUAUUUGAAUGGUAAAGUGUAAAAUGAAAAAUGCUUGUCCAAUCAAAUCCAAUAAACAUUAUGGUAUACAAACAAAAUGGUUCUGAAAAAUGUCAAUUUUUGUGU